AUGUCGAUCCCUGAUUCAUUGGCACGAAGCCAAAGAUUCUUUGUUGGUGUUAAGGUGCUCCUGAAGGUGGCUUCAUUUAAGGGAGCUCUGCAUUUUGGUAAGAAAGGAAAAUUAAGUCCAAGGUAUAUCAGACCUUUUGAGAUAGUGGAGAAAAUCAACGUAGUAGCUUAUCAAUUAGCUCUCACACCUGCUUUGGCUCUAGUACAUGAUGUAUUCCAUGUGUCAAUGUUGAGAAAAUAUGUGGAAGACCUGAGCCAUGUACUUACUUACGAACAGUUGGAGGUGGAUCUGAAACUGUGUAACGAGGAUAAACCCGUGAGGAUUCUAGAUCGUAAGGAUAAGGUGUUGCGUAAUAAGACUAUACCCUUGGUUAAGGUGAAGUGGUUUAACCAUGGGGUAGAAGAAGAAACAUUGGAGCCCAAAGAUCGGAUGAGAGAGUUAUACCCACAGUUGUUCUAA